CUUGAAAGCCCUUUUUAUUCCUUGAUUUUAUUUCACCACUCUUCUUAUGGCUAUUCAAAUCUCACCCCUUCAACCAACAUCACCAUACAAGCUCCAACCUUCCCUCCAAAUCCAUCUUCCCUUUUUCCCAUCAAAUCGCUUUACCCAUUUUCCAAUUGCUUCCCUACAAACACCAUGUAAAACCUUCAACUCUUUCAAGCAAAAUUUCCAUGGAGUCAGACUAAAAGCUUCAGCUUCAUUAACAAAUGAAAUUCCCCCAAAUGCUCUUCGAAAAAAACAAGACCCUCUUUUCAGAGGAGGCUUUAGUUUAGGGGUUGAUUUGGGAUUGUCUCAUACCGGUGUUGCACUCAGUAAAGGCUUCACCUUUCGCCCUUUAACUGUGCUGAAUUUGAGAGGGCAAAAGCUUGAGCUUAGGCUUAUGGACAUUGCUGAAAAGGAGGAGGUGGAUGAAUUUAUAAUAGGAUUGCCCAAGUCAAGUGAUGGGAUGGAAACACCUCAAUCCAACAAAGUAAGAAGUGUUGCAGGAAGGUUGGCUGUUAGGGCUGCUGAGAGGGGAUGGAGGGUAUACUUGCAAGAUGAAUAUGGCACAUCAAUUGAAGCAAUGGACAGAAUGAUCAACAUGGGUGUCAACAAGUCCGCACGUAAUUGGAAAAUUGAUGCAUUUGCUGCUAUGAUGCUGUUAGAGAGGUAUUUCUCAAAGUGCGGUGAAGAAACUGAACUUGUAUGGCCUAAGCAGUUGGAAUUACAGGAAAAGAUUCGGAAUGGUCCCCCAGAAGAUGAUGAUUUUUUCUCUUGAAUUAGAAUUCUAUGAAAGUCUUUGUGCUUAGAAGCCGGGCCUGCUUUAGUGAGCGAACCCCUUCUCGUUUUUGGUGGUCAGACUAUGAACGGUGAAGGUAGAGCACAAAAGAGAGAUCAGUCCAAAACCUCAAAUUUCAUUGAAGUGUUUUCUGAGUUAUAUUUUCUGACAAUAGUUCGUUGAGUUGCGGAAUCAAUAAGCUUAGCCUUAGCCGUCUUUUAUGGCAUUUGAGAAUAAGGUCGCGGCUCUUAUGCCUAAAGUUUCUUCACUUGAGCCAUGUGAUUAUGAUGACUUGAUGUGUGUCGAUUGACGAAGUUAUAAACUUCGGAAGUUUACACCAUUACCUACAAGGCUACAACGGCUUGUGAAAAUCAGUGAGAAAGCUUGUCAAAUUUCUUUGGAGAAAUACUGAUGCAAAAAUGAAGUCCAUCUACUUGCUUUGGAUAAGGUAACCCAACCUAAGCAGAGAGGGAGUGUUGGGAGACUUGUCGUUUUAUGGGAAGUGGGUAUAAUUACACGGAUUUUGCUUCACAUUUGUUGUUCCAAUUGAGGCUGGUAUAGGUAUGCAUUUGGUGGGUAGCGAGUAAACAUGUGUAUGAAAAGUCUUAUCCGCCAUAAUUAAAGGGCAUGAGGUCUUAUCCACCUCAUAUCCACCCAUCGUGCCUCAUACCCGUUUACGUCAUAUCUAUAAUGUACUAUAUACAAAAUUUUAUAAAUUUUUAUUAAAAACUAUUGACAAAAAAUAAGAAUAUUAAUUUUAUCAUAUUAUAUUGCAAAGUUUAUAUAAAACUAGAUAUUUAUUUAAAUUUAUAAACGAAAUGUAAUUCUAUUGAGCACAUAUUAUACAAUG